CGAAGCAGCUUCGAUUUUCGUUCGUUCGUCAGGGCGAGUUUGAUAGAGGACUUGGCGCAUACAUCUGCAACGAUUCCCCAUCCAAAAUGAUCCUGCAAGCAGCCUUACUCUUCGCUGGUCUUUCUGUGACAGCCAGUGCCAGCACCUGCUGUCCUCCAGUGAGAUUCAGUGCGGUGCAACAUGUCACCAUUGUCAACUCCACGUUUGCAAAGGCUGCUUUGUAUUCAUUCAUCUACGACGGUAUCAACCAAAGAUACGUCAUCAGCGGUGAUCUCAGCGACGGAUUCGUCUCGACCACCAAAGUGAUUUACGAUUACCCGAAGAGAACUGGUUACCGUAUAGAUACAGUGGCACGUACGUGUACAACAUUCCACCUUCAAAGAAAGUUCAAGGACCAGGAGGGUGUUUGUGUUCCAAGCGGCGCCGUCUCCUUGGGCCCUUUCUUUUAUGGCUACGGUGUUGGCAGGCUGUCUUCAAAGGGAUACUCCUACAAUCGCACAACCGUCAACGGGGAACAUCAGAACGUCGUGACUACCGUCACACGGAAAGACUGUAUACCAAUCGUCAUCACCACGACCACAAUCGGCGGCCAAGGAGGAAACGCUCUUGAAACUCUCGGGUACAACGACGUUCGUCCCGGCAUCAGGGACUUCACUGUGUUCGACAUUCCGCCAUACUGCACUGUGUGAUACCAACAUUGCUGAAGACAUACAGUAGGAUCUGUCAGGAACUGUCAGAAUGCAUCCUCUUGCAAGAUGUACAUGAUAUGAAUAAUAAAAAUUCGUUCAGCCUAAA